UGGCCUAUUUCCACCUGACGAUGCUCCGUCUGAAAGUUGAUAUAUGAAGAAGUAGUGGAGGAGAUCACAGCAAAUCAAUGAAAGUUUGUAUUCCUUCUGAGUUCUGAAAGGCGAAAGCUGAAGCUCAACUCUUCUUUCUCACUCAGCUGGAAAUCGUUACUGGAAAUAUAUACGAAAGGGAACGUUGAUUUUUCCUCACUAUUCACCAAGGUUAAAAAGAUGAGUGUAGUUCCGGGAGAGACAAUAGAAGUGAUAGCGCAGAGCAUCGGAAUCAGCAAUUUGUUGCCGGAAGUCUUACCGGCCCUAGCCACCGAUGUCGAAUACCGUCUCCGAGAAAUAAUGCAGGAGUCCAUAAAAUGCAUGCGUCAUUCGAAGAGGACAACGUUAACUGCCGAGGAUGUCGAUGCAGCACUUAGCGUACGGAAUGUUGAGCCGGUAUAUGGAUUCGCCUCUGGAGAUCCUUUGCGGUUCAGCAGAGCUGCCGGGCAUAAGGAUUUGUUCUACAUUGAAGAAAAGGAUUUAGAUUUUAAGGAUGUGAUCGAAGCUCCACUACCGAAAGCUCCUUUAGAUACUGUUCUUACGGCUCAUUGGUUAGCUAUUGAAGGAGUGCAACCUGCUAUUCCUGAAAAUCCUCCUCUUGAAGCUCUUGUAGCACCUCCAGAUAAUAAAAAGACCGAGUGUAAAGAUGAUGGAGGUCCAAUUGACCUCAAAUUACCUGUAAAGCAUGUCCUGUCCCGUGAGCUUCAGCUAUACUAUGACAAAAUUACGGAUCUGGUGGUGAAUAAGUCGAACUCUGUGCUUUUCAAAGAAGCAAUAGUUAGUUUGGCAACAGAUUGUGGACUCCAUCCCUUAGUUCCUUACUUCACAUACUUCAUUUCAGAUGAGGUCUCAAGGAACUUGAAUAACUUUCCUCUUUUGUGUUCUUUGAUGAGGCUUGUUUGGAGCCUGCUUCAGAAUUCUCACAUACACAUUGAACCAUAUCUGCACCAGUUGAUGCCAUCUGUAAUGACAUGUCUUGUUGCAAAGAGAUUGGGGAAUAAGGUUUUGGACAGCCACUGGGAGCUUAGAGACUUUGCUGCCAAGUUGGUUGCCCUGGUAUGUAAGAGGUACGGUAAUGUUUACCACAAUCUCCAACCACGUGUUACAAAGACUUUGUUGCAUGCUUUUCUGGAUCCAACAAAGGCACUGCCUCAACAUUAUGGUGCAAUCCAAGGGCUAGCGGCAAUUGGACCUAGUGUGGUUAGCCUGCUUUUGAUGCCCAAUCUUGAGUCUUACAUGCGAUUGCUGGAGCCCGAAAUGCAACUAGACAAGCAAAAGAACGAGAUGAAGAGGCAUGAAGCAUGGCGAGUGUAUGGUGCCUUAAUGUGUGCAGCUGGCCUAUGCAUCUACGAUCAGCUAAAGACACUUCCAACACUGUUAUCUCCACCAGCAUAUGCUGCUUUGAAGUCCAAGAGGAAAGUCCUUACUUCAGUAUCAUCAAAUAAACGAAAAAUUAGCACGGACAACAUGAUACAACAACAACCCCCACAAAAGAAACUGGUGACUGACGGGGCAGCUGGAGGGAUGCAAGGAGCUACUAGUGGAUACCCUACAAACCUAGGGGCUACUGAUGGAGGUUUUGCAUCAACGCCACAAGCUUUGUCAAGUGAGAAUUCGCAAAGAAUCAGCAGCAGAAAGGAGAUGAGUGGUGGACAAGCCCCUAAAUCACAAGUUGGUCUUAAUCAGGCCUGGAAGCAAGAUAUAGAUGCUGCGCAUUUGCUACCUUUCCUAUUUGAAUACUAUGGUGAAAGUAUGCUGUCCUUUGUACCUGCACCUGAGUUGUUGGUCUUCCUGUGAUCUUUAAACAGUGGCCGUCGGGAUGCCCUAAGAUUGUAAGUCUUGCUUUGAUUCUUGCCUGCACCUGAAGAUGCCAUUUAUGAGGUUGGAACAGAAAUAGAUUGGAUUUUAAAGUUUUGUUUUGUUUUUUUUUUUUUUUUUUUUUUUUUUGUUUUCAUGUAUACCCAUUCUUAAUAUUAUUCUUUAUAAAACCUCCAUUUUUCUGCCAAGUGCAAUCAAAGAAUAAACAUAAUGUUG